AUGGAUCCGAGCAACCUCGAGAAGCAGCGUGAGCCGGAGGAGCCUCGCUUCCUCAGCUUCCCACACCUGCCUGAGGGCACGAAGAAGGAGGACGGCACACCCGCGCUGAACCGGUGGUCGUCCACGCUCACCACGGGCCACAACUUCCCGGGAGCUCAGGCCAUGCUGUACGCGGCUGGCGUGCCCAACAAAGAGGCAAUGAAGACAUACCCGCAGGUUGGCAUUGCCAUGCUCGGACUGGGCAAGGAGAUCAAGAAGCACAUUGAGCAGGACAAGAUGCUGGCAUGGCAGUAUAACACGGUCGGAGUGUCAGACGGCAUCACCAUGGGCGGAGAGGGCAUGCGCUUCUCCCUGCAGACCCGCGAGAUCAUAGCCGACAGCAUCGAGACGGUCACCUGCGCCCAGCACCACGACGCAUGCAUCGCGCUGCCGGGCUGCGACAAGAACAUGCCCGGCGUCAUCAUGGCCUUUGCCCGCCACAAUCGGCCCUCGAUCAUGGUCUACGGUGGCUCCAUCAUGCCCGGCUACUCGGAGACGCUGCGCCGCCCCAUCAACAUCUCAACCUGCUACGAGAAGCACGGCGCCUACAUCUACAAGAACCUCGACAGCGCCGAGCCGGGCAAGUUCUCGCCCGACGAGAUCAUGGAGGACAUUGAGAAGAACGCUUGCCCCGGCGCUGGAGCCUGUGGCGGCAUGUACACGGCGAACACCAUGUCCACGUCCAUUGAAGCCAUGGGCCUCACCCUCCCCAACUCGUCCACCACCCCCGCCGAAUCCCCCGCGAAAAUGCGCGAGUGCGCCAAAGCCGCCGCUGCCAUCCGCGUCUGCAUGGAGAAGAACAUCACGCCACGCAAGCUGCUCACGAAAGCCUCGUUUGAAAACGCCCUCGUCAUGAUGAUGGUGCUCGGCGGCUCCACAAACGCCGUCCUGCACCUGCUCGCCAUGGCCGGAACCGCGGGCGUGCCCCUAACCCUUGACGACUUCCAGCGCGUCAGCAACAAGAUUCCUUUCCUGGCCGACCUCGCGCCAAGUGGCCAAUUCAUGGCCGCCGACCUGUUCGACAUCGGCGGCAUGCCCGCCGUUAUGAAGCUCCUCAUCGCCGCGAACCUGCUCGACGGGUCCAUCCCCACAGUCACAGGCAAAACGCUCGCUGAAAACGUUGAGCCCUACCCGUCGCUCCCGCAAGACCAGGUCCUCAUCCGCCCACUCAGCAACCCGAUCAAGCCCACAGGCCACAUCGAGAUUCUGCGCGGCAACCUCGCCCCCGCUGGUGCCGUGGCCAAAAUCACAGGCAAAGAGGGCCUCAGCUUCACCGGCAAGGCCAUCGUCUUCGACAAGGAGCAUCAACUCGACGCCGCGCUGAACGCGGGCCGGAUCCCGCACGGCGAGAAUGUGGUCGUCGUCGUGCGCUACGAGGGCCCUAAGGGCGGGCCGGGCAUGCCGGAGCAGCUCAAAGCGUCUGCGGCCAUCAUGGGCGCCAAACUCACCAAUGUCGCGCUCAUCACUGAUGGGCGCUACUCCGGCGCGUCCCAUGGGUUCAUCGUGGGGCACAUGUGUCCCGAGGCGGCGGUGGGUGGUCCCAUCGCUGUUGUACGAACAGGGGAUGUUAUCACCAUCGAUGCGGAGAAGCAUCGGAUUGAUAUGCAUGUCAGCGAUGAGGAGAUCGCACGCAGAUUGAGCGAGUGGAAGACGCCGAGUAUGCCCGUCACGAGGGGUGUGCUGGCCAAGUAUGCGCGGUUGGUGGGCGAUGCUAGCCAUGGUGCUAUGACGGAUUUGUUCUGA